GAAACCUAGAAACACACAAGAAAAGAGUCAUGGAGAUGCAAGAUAUAACCGCCCAGGGAGAAGGAAAAGAAGAGGAUGAAGGAGCUGCUGAACUAAUGGUGGAGGCUGAACCUGAAGAGGAAGCAAAACCACAGCACUACACUAAACUACUUAGUGCAACUGAGAACGUCUACGAAGAAACAUUUCACAGUGCCGCUCUGGAAAAAACAGGAGAAGACACACAGACAAAGGGAAAGACAUGGCUAUACCGUCUUGCAUGUGUAAUCCUCACAAUAAUCUGCCUGGUGCUGUUGCUGGUCGUCAUCCUCCUCAGUAUGAAACUUCAAAGUGGAUCCACAGCCUGCCCAGACAGAGAGGGCACCACAGUACUAAACAAGGAGAGUGCUCCAACUUGUGGCUUCAACCAGUGCCAGGCUCUCUUCCCCAACGUGAAGCUGCAAUAUCUGGGUUGCCGGCAGUGCGCUGAUGGCUGGCUGACUUUCGGUCGAUCAUGUUUUUACCUGUCCACCUUCAGGCUGAGCUGGGAUGAGAGCCAGAGAAACUGCAGCUCUAGAGGAGGAUCACUGGCUGUUAUUACCAGCCCAGAUAUUCAGACUUUUCUGACCCAGAAGGGGAACCUGAAAUACUGGAUCGGGCUGAGACAGACAGGACCAACAUGGGGUUGGGUCAACAACAAAGUGCUGGGAAAGAGUUAUUGGGAAGAUGUUACGUCAGAUGCGGAUUGUGGGAUCCUCAAAAGUCAAAGUCCACCUGAGAAGAACUGGGCCAAAGCUUCCUGCCAAGCUUCCUCCUACUUCAUCUGUCAGCUGUGGAUCUGAAAGCAGAUACUUUAUUGAUGGAAUUAAAUCUACUCAGUGUUUCAGAAUCAACUCUUGAAUAACAUUUGAAGUUACUGUUCUAAUAUCACAUUUUUAAUUACGUCAUUAUGAUCAAACAAGCAAGAGUGUAGUUUAUUAAUAGAAGCUUGAAUUGCUGUUUUUGAAUCUUUUUGUAGAUUGUUUUGUAGCUUUAUUUGGUCCAAUUUAUACAGCAAGCUUUAGUGAAAUAUAAACUCUGAUAAUGGUACAUCUGACUUAUACACUGUUUCGUUUCAUAACCUGCUGUAAAAUUUCUUUGUAAAAAUGAGGGCCAGUAUAUUCGUUUUAACAUAGUUUUAUUCUCAUAUAAAAAUUUCUUUGCACUAUAAAUUAAGUAUAAUGUCUAAGUUUCACUUUGUUUCAGCUUAACAUUUAUUACUGCUACACAUUUUUUAUAUGGCUAUAAAAAUAACACACUUUUUUCUAUAGCAUAAUACUGCAAGAACGAUUGCACCACUUACUAUACAGAUAAAUAAAACCAUUUGAGUCCUGGUUUCACA